CCCCCUGCUCUGCGCCCUUAGGGGCGCGCGGGGCGCGGGGUGGCGGUGUCGGCGCGAUGGCAGCGGCGGGCGAGGAGCGGGGCCGCGAUGGCAGCUGCCACUUCCAGCGCUCCCGGCUCAUCUGGAUGAUCGCCAUCACCUUCGGGAUGGUGGUGCUCGGCUGGGUAACGCUUUGGCCUUCAACUAUACCUUAUAAUUAUUUGGGAAUAUUUGGUACCUUCCUUAAUUAUUUAGUGAAAAACCACCACAAAUGGGUAUGCUAUGGGUUCUGGGUAUCCUGGUUGAUUCACGUAGUAGAAGCCUUCUACGGUGUUAAGUUAUGCCAAUCUAAAGGAAUCACUGACCCAGCGGUUCAGUUUCACUGGUUCAUCCAGACGCUUUUGUUUGGGUAUGCUUCCUUCGGUCUCCUGGUGUCUUACAAGCCUUCAGCCAAGAAGCAUUAGUAGAAGACAUCAAAAGAAGUCACUUCACACAUUAAUCAUCUUCACUUUUUAGAAAAAUAUCCUCACUUACAUGUCUAGGUGCUGUAAUUAGCUGAAUUACAUUCCUGCUGUGUGCUGCAGUGCCCUUCUACCCAAGUAAACUUCCUCCUAUUAAACAAGACAAUUGAAAUUCAGACAGCCCUGUGGAUAGUUCAGUAGAAAUUCAGCCCUACAGUCUUGGCACUGCUGAAGUUUAAUCCCAGUUAUUAUGCAAGAAGCCAAAAGUUGCUCCUCUGCAGUUUUUUUACAUACGCUGGUUGUCAUUGAAGAGUCCCUGACAGCUUGUAGUAGUGGUUGUUAAAUUAUCUUUUCACAUCAAGGAAUUUUCUUCUACAACAGAGAGAGGUAUUUACAGCUACAAGGCAACGUGGACCUGUUUUGUGAUGGGAUUUAAAUUGACCUGUGUUUUCUCUGCUGGACCUUUUACUAGCUGCUACUAUUGUUGUUUUUAGAGCCUGGUCUUUGUACUUUGUUUUGUCAAUUUAUUUUCUUCAACAAAGGACAGACCACUUCAUUGCUGGGGCACACUGAAAAGACCAUAUCUCAGUUCAGGUUGAGGUGCAGUGAUGAGGUUGAACUUGAUUUAAUACCUGUGCCUUCUUUUGAAUGAAGAUUUUAACUUUUAAUUACUAUAGCAUAAAGUAGUAAUCCUGUAUCCUUGAGGGCAGCUUUUUGAAAAGUAGUUUAUUAUCAAAGAAAAAAAGUCAGCUAGCAUUCCAAAACCAAACUGCAAGUUUUAUAUUGGUGGAUGAAAUUAGAUAUAGUGAGGAAAUAUACCACACUGUUUCCUGGAAGCUGAUGCCCUGAACUCUAGAGUUGAGGGACCAUCUACAGCAUCCCUCAGAGUGCUUCCUGUGUGUGUAGUGAGCCUUUGAUCACACCGUCUUUUACUUGGGAAUAUUUGAAUGAGAAUUUAGUCUGUCUUAUUUUAGCACUUUAAAAAAUACUAUUUAAAAGAUUAACUAUGGUGUGGGGAGAAGUUUUGCCAUGCUACCUGUGGAGCUAUUGUUCUAGAAGAAAAGGUUGUGCUUCCUGUGGCAAAGAGCUCCAGGAAGCAGUAACAAAUUAACUUACGCCUUGUGUAGUACCUACAGACUGUAACACUUCGGUGGAGAAGUCUUAUUCAAGCAAGUCUUAAGUACCUUAUUCAAGGUACUUAAAGUUUUUGAUUUUCAGUGGGUACUAAAAGCACAAAGAACUGAAGGGCUUGAAAUGGUGGUUUGGUUUUUAAGUGGUGAACUGAUAAAAUUUUGUAGAGAAGUAGAAAUUCGUGUUUAGUGGGUAGAAAUCCAACAGGAAUGUCAAGAGCCUGAGCUAUGUUUUCCUGUGUCACCUUUUAUCUUAGUCUGUUGUCUUGGAAUAAAGAUUUUGAAAAAAGUGAA